UAUAUUGUCUACGAUGAGGGCCGAAUUUUUCCACCUAAUUGAACGAUUCAAGAUUUUUGUUUCAUUGCUUCUGUUUCUUAUUGCAGGGGUUAAUCAUCUUAUUUGACUAUUCAGUACUAUAUGAUUGUAGUCAGGAUCAGGGUUGGCUAAUGAUGGAAUGAUCAGUUCAUGUAUGAAUGUAUGUUUGGUUUUGAAAGCUGACAAUGCUCAACAGUCUAACUUUGAAAGUUUUAAUUCACUUGAAAUUUGCUUCCAGAAGGCCAUUAAAGAAUUGUACGUGAAAAUGCUCCCAUGAUUAACACUGGCAAUGCCUUUGUGGAAGACGUAGACUGAAUAACACUGCAUUAUCCACGCUCCAAUUACAAUCAUAAAAUGCCAGAGUCAUACACUACUCAUCUCAAUCCCACAUCAUUAUGUUGGGCACGCUGCACAUUCCGCUUAUUACACACAACCCACCUGAAAACUACUAUGCGUAUCUUCAGUUAUUGCAGACCUGUAUUCACAGGAACGCACUUUCACGAGGGAAAAUGGUCCACUCUUUCAUUGCUCACAGGCGAUUUACCUUUGCUACAUGCACAACUUUGCAUAAUAGGCUUAUUUACAUGUAUAUCAAGUGCGGAAGUUUGGUUGAUGCCCGAAAAGUGUUUGAUCACAUGAAAGAACGAAAUUGCGUUUCAUGGAAUAAGAUUAUUACAGCGUACAAAAGACAUGGGUAUCCUCACGAGGCAGUCACACUAUUUCACCAUAUGAAACAAACAGGUCUCCAACCCGAUAAGUUCACAAUUGCCAGCGUACUCCCUGCCUGUGCCAAAAUUGGAGCAUUGGAGGAGGGUAUGGACAUCCAUCAAAGCAUAAAGGAUAGAGGAGUUUUGUCAGAUGUUAUAGUUGCAAGUGCCCUGGUAGACAUGUAUGCAAAAUGUGGAAGCAUAGACAAGGCAAGUGAACUGUUUGACAGAAUGCCUGAAAGAGAUGUGCUCUCGUGGACGGCAAUGAUAGCAGGAUAUGCACAGAAUGGAUUUGUUGAUAAGGCUCUACAAACUUUUAAGCAAAUGCAAUUGGCAGGUGUAAAGCCAAAUUCCACAACCUUUGCCAGCAUCCUUCCUGCCUGUGCCAAAAUGGGUGACUUGGAACAGGGGAUGAACAUCCAUGAAAGCAUAAAGGAAGGGGGAUUUUUCUCAGAUGUUAUAGUUGCUACUGCAUUGAUAGACAUGUAUGCAAAAUGUAGAAGCAUAGACAAGGCACGGGAACUGUUUGACAUAAUACCUCAAAAAGAUGUUAUCUCAUGGAAUGCAAUGAUCGCAGGAUAUGCACACAAUGGAUUUGUUGAUAAGGCUUUACAAACUUUCGAGCAAAUGCAAUUGGCAGGUGUAAAGCCAAAUACCACAACCUUUUCCAGCAUCCUCCCUGCCUGUGCUAAAAUGGGAGCUUUGGAACAGGGUAUGGACAUCCAUCGCAGCAUAAUAGAAGGGGAAUGUUUGUCAGACAUUGUAGUCGGAAAUGCUCUGGUAGACAUGUAUGCAAAAUGUGGGAGCAUAGAAAAGGCACGCAAACUAUUUGACGGAAUACCUCAAAGAAACGUAGUUUCAUGGAAUACUAUGAUUGCAGGAUAUGGACAAAAUGGAUUUAUUGAAAAGGCUUUAGAAACUUUCAAGCAAAUGCAAUUGGCAGGUGUAAAUCCGAAUUCCACGACCUUUGCCAGCAUCCUCCCUGCCUGUGCCAAAAUAGGAGCUUUGGAACAGGGUAUGAACACCCAUCAAAGCAUAAUUGAAGGGGGAUUUUUGUCAGAUGUUACAGUUGCAACUGCCCUGGUAGACAUGUAUUCAAAAUGUGGAAGCAUGGAUAAAGCAAGUGAACUGUUUCACAGGAUGCCUGAAAGAGAUGUCAUCUCAUGGAAUGCAGUGAUUACAGGAUAUGUACAAAAUAAAUUUGUUCAUAAGGCUUUAGAAACUUUGAAGCAAAUGCAAUUGGCAGGUGUAAAGCCAAAUUCCACAACCUUUGCUAGCAUCCUCCAUGCCUGUGCCAAAAUAGAAGCUUUGGAAGAGGGUAUAAAUAUCCAUCGGAGCAUAAUAGAAGGAGGGUUUUUGUCAGAUAUUAGAGUUGGAAAUGCUCUGGUAGAUAUGUAUUCAAAAUGUGCAAUCAUAGAUAAGGCACGCCAGCUAUUUGACAGAAUGCCUCAAAGAAAUGUGGUGUCAUGGACUGUAAUGAUUGCAGGAUAUACACAAAAUGAAUAUGUUGAAAAAGCUUUAGAAACUUUCAAGGAAAUGCAAUUGGCAGGUGUAAAGGCAGACUCUACAACCUUUGCCAGCAUCCUCCCUGCCUGUGCCAAAGUUGGAGCUUUGGAACAGGGCAUGGACAUCCAUCAAAACAUAAUGGAAGGGGGAUUUUCGUCGGAUGUUAUAGUUACAACUGCUCUGGUGGACAUGUAUGCAAAAUGUGGAAACAUAGACAAAGCCCAUGAACUGUUUGACAGAAUGCCUCAAAGAAAUGUGGUUUCAUGGACUACAAUGAUUGCAGGAUAUGUACGAAACGGACUUGUUGAUAAAGCUUUAGAAACUUUUAAGAAUAUGCGAUUGGCAGGUAUAAAGCCAAAUUCCACAACCUUUACCCAUAUCCUCCCUGCCUGUGCCAAAAUGGGAGCUUUGGAACAGGGUACGGACAUCCAUCAAAGCAUAAUGGAGGGGGAAUUUUCAUCAGAUGUUUUAGUCACAACUGCGCUGGUAGACAUGUAUGCAAAAUGUGGCAGCAUAGAGACAGCACGUGAACUGUUUGACAGAAUGCCUCAAAGAGAUGUCAUCUCAUGGAAUGCCAUGAUUGCAGGAUAUGCACAAAAUGGAUUUUGCAAGGAUGCUCUGAAAGUCUUUGAAUUAAUGACGCAGUCUGGAACAUAUCCUGACAUGGUAAGCUUUGGUUGUGUUCUAUGUGCAUGCAGCCAUGCAGGUUUAGUGAACGAGGGAUGCACAUACUUCAAUGGCAUGAGCAACCUUUAUUGCAUUACACCUACAGUUGAUCAUUAUGUGUGCAUGGUUGACCUUCUUGCCCGUGCUGGCUAUCUUGAGGACACCCUAAACUUUAUCAUUAAGAUGCCUAUUAAACCUGUGGUUGUUGUGUGGAUGUGUUUUCUUGGUGCCUGCAGAUCACAUUUGAAUAUAGGCUUAGGAGUAUUUACAGCGAUGCUGCUUUUUGAUUUGGAUCCUAAAAAUGCUGCAACUUAUGUUCUCCUCUCAAACAUCUAUGCAGAAGUGGGCAGAUGGGGUGAGGUUCAAAUGAUAAGGAGAUUGAUGAAAGAUAAAGGAAUUAAAAAGACUCCUGGAUGUAGUUGGAUUGAAGACCAUAAAAUGGUCCAUGCUUUUUGUGUAGGGGACAGAUCACAUCCACAGACACACAAGAUAUAUGCACUGUUGGAGAAAUUGGCUUGGGAGAUAAAGGCAGCAGGAUAUGUUCCAGAUUCAAGCCAUUUACUCAAUGAUGUGGAAGAGGAGGAAAAAGAAUUAUUUCUCUGCCACCAUAGUGAAAAGUUGGCAAUUGCAUUUGGUUUGUUAAACAUUCCUCUUGGAACAACUAUUCGAGUUGUUAAGAACCUUCGAGUAUGUGCUGAUUGCCACACAGCAACAAAAUUUAUCUCCAAAAUUCUAGGAAGAGAAAUUGUGGUGAGAGAUGCAAACCGUUUCCAUCAUUUCAAACAGGGUCAAUGUUCUUGCAGAGAUUAUUGGUGAUGCUAAAGAGCAUCGAGUCAUUUUUGGUUUUUCUUGUGUAGUUCAGUUUUGUGUUUUGGUUCUCAGUUUUGGGUUGUUGAGCUAUCAAGAAGCGGGAUCUUCUCUUAUUGUCAUAUUCAGAUAUGUGGCAAUCGGGAGUGUCUUAGUUAAAUGACAAAUCUUCCACCGUAGAUGUGUUGGUCUUAUGCAAGAAUCAAUUAUGGUAGUUGGGUAGAAACGGUGAGAAAAGAAAGAGGAAAUCGAAUGGAAGGGGAGAAGCCGUAGGAGGGAGGCCAAACAGUAGAAGUCCAAAUUGGUAAAGAGACCUGUCGAGUUGAAGAACAAAAGAGGCCAGUCCGUGUGUAAGAAGAACAAAGUUGGGAGAAACAGAGGGAUUGUGGACGGCUGGUCAGUAAAGAAGAGAGGGCAGAGAGGCCGAUGGUUGAAGAUUGGCAUUUGCAACAAGGAAAGCUUGAGACAGAAAAGGAAUAAGAAGAAAAAACAAUCUCUUGGAAGAUUGGAAGAAGAAGAAAGCCUGAAGGAAGAGUACGAUUGAGGGAAAAGAAAGAAAUUGAUGGACAGGUUGUGAAGACAGUGAAAUCGAAUUCAAUGUCAGACCGAUUGGAGGAACAUAGAAAAGGGAGCAGAUCGGGUUGGAAGAAAACAAUGCAAAGCCGACCAUUAUGAAGGAACAAAGGUUGGGGAUAGAGUCGUGAUCGAGAGAGAAUAGUUGGGAAGGAAAGAAAAGAAGGGAUGUCAAGAAGUGAGUCAACAAUGGGAGAGAGAGCCGGAUCCUUGAAGGAUCAGCCAAGGCUUGUAAUGAAAUUUUGUAGAAAUAAAUG